GCCGUGUUACACCGACCAGCAUUUUGUCAGAAGAAACACCAUGAGAAAGAAGAGCUCAAGAUAUUUUGCAAAAAUUGUCAAGUCGCCAUUUGCAACACUUGUGCUGUAACACUUCAUGAACGUCAUAGCAAAAUGCUCUUACAAGAAGCCACUGAUGCCCACAAGUCGCAUAUCAACUCCUUGAUUGAAUCCUUAAAAGAAAAAGCACAGCAAAAACGAAAGGAUAUCGAACAAUGCAGCCAAGAUAGCAUGGAAGUGCAAAUGCAAAUGGCCGAAGUAAAAAGUCAAGUGGCGGUGAGUGCGGACCAAAUGUUUGAAAUUAUCGAAGAGAGGAAACAGCAUGUUUUUGAUGCAGUAGAUGAACAUGCGCAAAAAUCACUGGAAUCUCUCUUACAGAAAAAAGACGAAGUCGAAAACCAGCUAGGAACAAUUGAUUCAGCCAUUGCACGAACUGAAGCUCUGUUGAAACAAAGUUUCAGUACAGAUGUCCUUGGUUUCAAUGAAACAUUUGAUACAAUCCUACAGGAACAGGGCACCCAAGGUAACCGUGACUCUACCGAAUGUAUCAAGAUUCCUCGGUUUAGUUUUAAUAAACCUGAAAAACUGAUUAACGUUUUGAACAGUGAAGGUAUAGGUAAUGUAAAAACUGUUGUUAACACAACUAAAUCGCAACAAUCAGGACCUAAAGGUAAGGAAAGUAAUAAAGUAAUUGCUGGGAAUAAUUUAGCAAAUGAUCGUGACAGUCCUUUUGAGGCUAAGGUACAAACCAGGCGCUUCAGACCUGUGCUAUCGUUUGGACUAAAAGGUAAGUCUGUUGGAAUGCUUAACGGGCCGUGGGGGGUGGCAGUGAAUGAUAGUGAUGAAAUUGCCGUGACAGACUGCUUUAACCACCGUAUUUCUGUAUUUAGAAGUAACGGUACCCACUUAAGAUCGUUUGGCAAGAAAGGUAAGGGCAAUGGUGAGUUCCAAUACCCCACAGGGAUCGCUUUUGAUAGUCUUGGCAAUAUUGUUGUUGCAGACAAUAGUAACCACCGGGUGCAAGUCCUUGAUAGGAAUGGUAACUUUCUUAGAAAAUUUGGGGAACGUGGAAAUCUUGAUCAUCAACUUAAUUAUCCUCAAGGUUUAUCAGUAAACGGCAAUGGUGAUAUUAUUGUUGCUAAUAGUGUGAACCAACUAAUCAAAAUAUUUUCAUCUAAUGGGCAGUAUUUAGGCAAAUUUGGAGGGGUAGGUUCUUUGAUCAAUCCCAAUCACUGUAUCCAACACGGUCAAUAUUUUAUAGUCCCAGAUUAUGGUGAUCACUCCAUCAAAGUGUUUGAUCUUGGGGGAAAGUUAAUUUCAAAAUUUGGAAGGGAGGGGAACAAGGAUGGAGAGUUCAAUGGGGCCCAUUAUUUGUCAAUUAACAAAGAAGGAUUCCUUGCUGUUUGUGAUACAUUCAAUCACAGAAUUCAGGUAUUUGAACUGAAUGGAAAGUUUGUUACAAAGUUUGGAUAUGAAGGUAGCGAGAGGGGAGAGUUGAAGCAUCCAAAUUCUACAGCAAAUCUUAGUGAUGGAAAGAUAGUUGUGUGUGACAAAGAAAACAACCGCAUCCAGGUAUUUGACUUGAUACAGUCAACUCCCUUGUAAGCAACCACCCUUGGGGCACGACAAAGUGGGGUCGCUUACGUGACGUGGGUUUGCACUGGAAAAAUCAAGAAAAUAAGCUCAAACUGAACUGAUUAACGUAAUUACAUGAAGUUAUUACCUUACUAGCUAAAAAUAGUCAAAUAGACAACUGACAAUAAAGUUUCACAUCUAAUAACCCAAACCCAUGGAACUGUUGAAAAGCAUUUUGCACCAAUGUAAUAAUCCCCCUUUUUACCCACAGAAAACAAAAGAAUAUAUCGAAUUUCUGGCCUAUAAAGUGGUCGCGGUAGCUUAAGAAAUUUAAGUAGUGGUCGCUCACGAGAGUCUUUGAAACAGUGUUUGACUGAAAACAAAAUGGUUAUUUACAAAGUGGUCGCUUAUGAUCAUGAGAAGUGGUCGAUAUAAGAGACUUGGCUGUAUGGCAUGCUCUUGGUCGCUCACGAGAGUCUUUGAAAGAGUGUUUGACUGAAAACAAAAUGGUUAUUUACAAAGUGGUCGCUUAUGAUCAUGAGAAGUGGUCGAUAUAAGAGACUUGACUGUAUGGCAUGCUCUAGUCUUAGUAGAAACAACUUAUUAGUGUUUCACGUGUUUGAAAAAAAUAUUGAUGAAGUCAGGGUCGUUUACUUCCUUGAUGUUUCUUGUAUAAUAUAUUGCAUCCUUAGCAGUUUCUGUGUUUCGUUAAUAUGUGACCUUUUUCGUAACUUUUAACUACCUAACCCAGCUCAGUAAUUAAAAAUUAUAGUCAGGCGUUCAAUUGAUAAAUAUAUUUUAGACAACGUUCUCCAUUUUUGUACCAAUCAACUUGUUCAAUAGCAAAACUAGAGUAGAGGUUCAUAUUUUUUGUACCAAACUGCUUACAGUCCACUUAGGAUGUUUACUUAAAGUUGUUUGUUGGUUCCCUGUAGACAUUAUAUUUCUCAGCAAAACUGUUCUUCCAAGUCCGUUAUUUGUUUAUCUAUGUAAACGAUAAUGUUAUUUUCUGCACUUGUUUGUAUCAUUUUUGCCAAUAUAUACAACAACAGACUGUAAGCAGUAGGUUUAUUUUCUUAUUCACAGAUCUGUAGGGCACAAGCUUCGAGCAGCAAGUCGAUCGCUAGACGAGAGAAGCGAAGGCGUCAGUCGUCUUGGCUGACGCUCUCGCUUUGCAAGUCACGCGCCCCCGCCGCUCGACACUCGCGUAUUAAGAGCGGAUGUCAGUAAAUAUCGACCAGAGGUCUACAAAAGUGAAAAAUCGAAAAUUCUCAAAAAAAUUCACAAAGUAGCACUAGGUAAGCUAUUAACAUAAAUGUAAUUUUUACUUCGAUCCGAUAAUUAUUUUCCACCUACGGGGGGGUUAUUGGUUUCGCGGCUCUCGGACCGGGUUUUCCAGGCCCGAGACCAUGUGUCACAAAAAAAUCGUUUUAAAAUUCAAAUCCACUGUAAUGUGGACAACAAAUAACUUAUUCCGAAGAGUACUUAAUUGCACACAUUCUAAGUGGUGAUUUACUCAGUUUGAACGAAAGUGUAAUAUUUUGGAGAUUUUUCAUUAUUUUCAAUAUUUUGAACGUUUUCGUUCAAUGAAAAAAUGGCAAAUUUCAAAGCCCAAAAUCGUCGACUGGUACCUCGAUUUCAGUAACGAGUCUUAUACCACGUUAAAGAGCGUUAUCUCUUCUUUCAAAAUCUGUUUUCAAAACUACGGGCAACUUAAAAGAAAAUUUUUGAGGCCAAAAAAUACAAGUAGUACUUUUCUGAAAUUUGAGCUUUCCAGACGCGGCGGGCCGAUGCUAAAAACUUGGAAAAAUACAGUAAGAAAUCAGUUUGAGCAAUAGUGGUUUCAUGUUAUCAGCUUUCAGAAACCAAGACGUGUUUAUACAGCGAUCUGAUAUAAAUUAAUGCCGUUUGCUAUCAAGAAAGGCAGAUUUGAGCUGUCAACUCCUGCCAAGUGCACCAGUCACGUGAAGUUGUCAAAGGGAGGGCAAAGCACUAAUAUUAAAAAGUCUUAAAAUUCAAAACGUUUUACGUCCAUGAAAUCAGAUUUUAACGUACAAAACAAUGUUGUGAAUGUCUGUUGUUCGUACCUUAGCAUGGUGUUUCCAUAUAUUGGAAAUGUCAAGUAUCCACACGGGAGAACAUACCAAACAACAACGUUUCAAAUCCAAGCGCCGAAAGAUCGUAAACGGCAAAGAUUGCGUUACAUUUCACAGAACGACCGCUUACCACUGUUGUCACUCCUUUUUUCGCUGGAAGCUACGAGGAGUUUCUAUUCCGUCGUGAAUGAUUCUUGAUCAGCGUUUCCUUGAAAGUACGACCCCGGACAGGUGAUAACUGAGGAGGUUUCGUCAAGACUCCUGUUGUUCAGUUUCGGUCUUUAGCAGGUGCGUAGUCAGGAGGAGGUACGCCCAACUUUUUCUACAUCUUCUUCCCCCCCCCCCCCCACCCCAAAUCUCAACAUUUUUUAAGGUGCCUUUAUUAAAGGUGGGGUUAACGGUUGGAAGCAAAAGCAUUUUUGCUGUUUAUGAAAUGACACAACCUCUAAAAUUCUUUAAUUCUGUCGGCUUGUUAAGUUCAUUGACGUCAACCGUUUAUCAUUAAUUCAGCUAUUAAAAAUCAAGCUUGUAGUACCUCCGACUUUAGUUUACAAAUGACUCUUUUUACCCCUUUUUGUCACAUUAUUUUUGACCGACAAAAGCACCACACAUUGACGUAAUUGUGCCCUACGUCGUCUACUCCGAAGACAGGUCGUGGAGAAAACAACGCGUUCACGCUUUACAUCAUCAAGCUUGCUAUAUAAAUAAAUCAUGCAAGAUUCGGUUCUCCAAUUAAUGUCGUCGCUUCUCUGGAAACCGAUUUUUUUUAGUUAUGUUUACUUCAUUCUAUUUUUUUUCCCCAACGUUUUCGGCUACGCACGUGCAAACCGUGCGUACAAGUAGCUACGCCCCUGUUUAGUCUCCUUAGCCCUGAGCGGGAGUUCAGGAUGUGGUCCACCCAGUAUUUCACGUCUCUUUUAAAUGAGAGGCAGCACUUCUUGUUUACCGUUUCGUUAUCAGACAGCGCUUAGGCUCUUAGCCUUUCAUUUAAUUUUGAUCAAAUUUUUAUCAUUUAGUUACUCAGUAUACGUUCGAUCCCGUCCUUGUAAACUUAUACUUUUAUACUUUAAGGGAGCUUAAUACCUAUAUUUAGUUUUUCUUCGUUUAGUGUCGUCCAAAAGACCCAGUUUUUUGGCAUUUUUUAAAAAAGCAAGAAAAAGAAUUAAACGACAAGGUUUUUUUUUUUGGACUUAGAUUAAUCCUUUUAAUCUAAAAAAUUAGCAUUAUAACAUCAUUUCGAGGCAUAAAACGUUCGGUGGUGUAUCCUCUUUGCUCUUUACCCUUUUUGGGCCUUUUUUUAUGAAAUUGACCAUCAAAUUUUCCGCCAUAUUGGGUUUGUGUCGAUUUGGUGACCAUGUCUUGUUGUUUUCAGUCUCCACGGCAAUGAUGCUGGUGUUUCAGGCCUCCCGUUCUCAGAUUUCUUGUGAUUUUUUUUUUCACCCCACCGACCGACCCACCCAAAGCCAGGAAACCUAUUCGACGCUAAACGAACGAAAAGGGGAUGACCUAAGCCUUAUGGUUUCUUUUUGGGCUUCCUCACCACAUUGCUUCUGCGUGUUUCUGUGUACUUGUCUUUUGCUUUGUUAUGUUCUUUUUUGUCGGUAAAAUAAACUGAAACUGUACAAAGACCCUCAAUAUUCCCUUUGGAGGUUCUCGAACGCGCAUAAAAAAAAAUGAAAAACGCGAUGAUUUAUUGACCGCAAGGGCAAUGGGGUGGGGUUAGGGAUCGUUACUGCGCUCCGGUUCACUCGUACGCUGUCAAAUGGUCCCGAAAUACAAAAUGAAAAAUGACUGUGGACAGACUAUUCACGUCUAGACAUCAAGCAUCUUUUAAGAUGGGACUUAUCGCCUCUCCCUGUUUAUGGAGUUGAUUCAAGGUGUUGACGUUAAUUUCGUGAUGCUCUGCAUGUUGCCAGGACAUGUUUCAAAAGGGCCUUUCCAAAGGUACGGAGUCCGCCGUCACCUUGUCAACCGUGCGAGAAAUGAUGUACUUCUCAAAAACAAAGAGAAGUUAUUUGCGAUUUGCCCCGCCCCUACCCCCGAAAGUCCCCGACAGGACCGCUUCAAAGUACUCCCCAUGUGGUUGCGCGGGGGAUAGUAACAGGUCUACCUAAUUGCACCGUGCAUCAAUGACAGUUUAGCUCAAUCAGAAGCCCCUUUUCCCUGGCUAGUUCAAGGUGUGUGCACCUGCUUUAAGCUGUUGUUUUCGGUUCUUACUGAAAUUUUUGAUCUUGAGGAAAUUCACAACGACAGGAGCAGGUUAUGGGCUUUUUUCCUAGCCCUAAUCCUACAUCACGGGAAAUCCCUCAGGUUAGGCAAGAAUUCGAUAAUCCUUCCAUAAUCAUCCAUUUUUUCACCGCGUGAAUUGGGUAUUUUUAGCUUAUUUCGAGGAAAUACCUUUUGCUUCAAAUCCAGGGUGGGCUUUUAAACACAUUUUUUAAGCCAAAUGGUUUUCGCGAGAAUCUGCUUACCCGAACUUUUCGCAUAAAAAACGAUAAAUACCCGAAAAAAGCUCAUGUUGUUGUUGGUGGUGGCAUAUUUCCGAUAAAUUCAGCUCAUUGUCUCGUGAAGAAGAGUUCAGAUCCGUGCCGCGCGCCUCUCGAGGCAAGCGUUCCGUCGAAAUGCGAGCCCAAAAACAGGUGGUAAGCGGUCAGUCUGUGAAAAGUAACGCAAUCUCCGUCGUUUGAGAGCAGCCGAAGAUGCUCUUGCCGAUGCUGUCCUUGAUGUCUUUUACUUCCAGUAUCUAGGAAACCCAGCUAAGGUAUGAAACAUACACUCGUAGGCAUUGUUCUGUCCGCUAAAGUCUAAUUCCUGGACGCAGAAACGUUGUGCCUUUUUAAGUUUAUUAUUGUGCUUUGCCCUUUAACAACCCUACGUGACUCGUGCGUUUGGUAGCAGAAGAUGGCUAAACUCUGCUUUUCUUGUUGGAAAACGGCUUUAAAUUUAUCAGAUCGCUCGAUAAACACGUGUUGGUUUCUGAUAGCUGAUAACGUUAAAUCGCUGUUGCUCAAACUGAUUUCUUAUUGCAUUUUUCUGAGUUUUUAGCAUCGACCCGCUGAGUCUGGAAAGCUCAAAUUUCAGAAAAGUACUACUUGUAUUUUUUGGCCUCAAACGUUUUCUUUUAAGUUGCCCGUAGUUUUGAAAACAGAUUUUGAAAGAAGAGAUAACGCUCUUUAACGUGGUAUAAGACUCAUUACUGAAAUCGAGGUACCAGUCGACGAUUUUGGGCUUUGAAAUUUGCCAUUUUUUCAUUGAACGAAAACGUUCAAAAUAUUGAAAAUAAUGAAAAAUCUCCAAAAUAUUACACUUUCGUUCAAACUGAGUAAAUCACCACUUAGAAUGUGUGCAAUUAAGUACUCUUCUGAAUAAGUUAUUUGUUGUCCACAUUACAAUGGAUUUGAAUUUUAAAACGAUUUUUUUGCGACACAUGGUCCCUGUCCUGGAAAACCCGGUCCGAGGGCCGCGAAACCAAUAACCGCCCCGUACGUGGAAAAUAAUUAUCGGAUCGAAGUAAAAUUUACAUUUCUGUUAAUAGCUUACCUAGUGCUACUUUGUAAAUUUUUUUGAGAAUUUUCGAUUUUUCACUUUUGCAGACCUCUGGUCGAUAUUUACUGACAUCCGCUCUUAAUGUGUCACUUUCCAAGCUUUGAAGCAAAGUAAAGACUUUUUGCCGUUCAGUCUGUAACAAAGAUUGUUUUAGAUUAUGCAAGAGUUAAUAUGCUAAUAAUAUUAUAAGAGCUAAGGCCAUUGUGCUUCGGUAAUACAUAUGAUACUGUUAUGAUUAUUAACGUAAAUUUUCUGCCUGGGAAGGUGAGGGGCAUGGCCUGCAGGAUGGUUACUCAGGGGAGCAAGGGUGACGUAGUGGUGAGAGCACCCGCCUCCCACCAAUGUGGCAGGGGUUCAAAACCCGCGUCGAGGCCAUAUGGAGGCUGAGUUUGUUGUUGGUCCUUUUCUUUGCUCCGAGAGGUUUUUAUGCGGGUACUCCGGCAUUCCCCUCUCCUUAGAUACCUACAUUUCCAAAUUCCAUAUGGAUAUGGCACGCAUGGACACGUUCAAACGGUUUUUUGAAGUUUUGCACGACCGGCACUGAGACCGAAGCAAAGUUCGGCGCGAGAACUCAACGCGACACGAGCAUGCUUGCAGGCUUUAAGGGGUGUUGUUUCUUACAUGUUGCUCAGCUACCUAGCCUCACAGUUGUUUUUGUCUUGUCACGCAACGCAAAAGGGAAGAACGUUGCGUGACGAGACAAGGGAGAUUAGGCCACUCGAUAUUGACAUGUGAAUGGGUUCAGAGAAAAUAGGAACCACUUUAAAUUACCAGGGCCGGGUGCCUCAGUUUGUAAUAAAAAAGUCUGCACACUUUGUGCCUGCUAUACAUCUUGGUAACCUCUGAAAAUAUAUCUUCUUUUGAUAUGCUGGAUUAUCUGAGAGAAAACUUGCACAGCAGUAGCUACACUGUUCACAGUCCCCUAUUUUUCCAUAAGAUUGUCAGGAUCGAAUACUUACACGCAGCCAUCUUGGAUGAGUGUCAAAUCUACCUAAGGGGCGCGGGACAGUUUGGAAGGAAGCUGGAGCCCAAAAGCACUUCAUAAACCCAUACUUAUGAGCUCCUGGAGGAAGCUAUUUUUCUCGUCUCCCUUCCCCCACCGCCAUAAAUCCCGACGCCCUCCUGGUAAAUAUGAAACCAGGAUGGCCGCCCACAACGAUGCUCGAUCCUGAGAAUCUUAUCGAAAAAUAGGGGACUACAUGAUAGGUCUAAGCUGUGGUAGUAUCUUGGUACGGGUAUCGCAGUGAAACUACAGCUGUCCAUCGAUUAGUUGUGGGUUGUGCUUAUGGUUGAGUGAGUACUUGCUACCCGGUGGUUCUGCUGAGUUCAUAAGGCCAAACUGUACAUGAAACUGCACCUCAUGCGUUCCGUAUCGUUUCUCCACAAUUCAAUCAUAUGCAAAGACUUCGAUCUACCUAAGUCUAAGCCAGCGGUAUCACAGGAAAAUCAGGCUUUUUAUUCAGUCUUUAAUACCAAAGCGAAUGUACGUCUUUACUGUCCACAAUCGCCUAUUUUUUCGUAAGAUCGUUGGGAUCGAGCGCUUACCGGUACAGCAACAUUGAAAGGCAGCUUUUUACUUUAAAUCGACGGAUUGCCAGCCUGUCCAGCGGAGCGUUCCCGUAAAGACCAUAUAAGGGAGUACCUUCCCCCGCGACUGCCAGACUCUUUUAACGAUCGGUACGAGUACGAAUGUUCAACAUCGAGAAGAUAUCAGCGAGUAAACGGCUCCUGGUAGAUAUACAUCAACUUAACUGCGCCAAGGUAAAAUUAUCAUUAAUGACUAGAGGUAAUCAUUGAUUACGAAUCCGCGUUCGUCACUAACGGAAACGAAAUCGAAUCGAAAGGAGUCCAGUUUCCCGACCGAGAUGCCCCUGAUAAAAUUAGUAGGAGCACCUAAUCGGCAGUCGCCCCCGAUACCUUGAAAAUUUGUGGCUUUGCACCACAGGAACACCAAGGUUACGAUGCGUUCUACGAACGACCAGUACUGAGAUGUAUGAUAUAUUAAUAACACCUGACAGAUUUUCUUAAAAUAUGAAUAGUUUAUGAUUUUAUGGGUGCAUCAACACUUUUCAGAGAUGCCCAGGCAUAAUAUAGGAUAGCUAAUUGCGGGAUAUUUUUGGAUAUUUCGAAAUAAAUCAAAAAUGCAAAGUAACUCUUGUCGGUCACAAGGAAAAACCGAUAUUGGUCUUUUGCAUAACCAUGUCUUAAAUCGUCAACAGCAAGCCUACAUCACGGUGGUUUCAAAGCGUAGUUGCUGCCGACCUCUUCCAUGGAUAUAAAGACCUUACUAGACAAUCUUCAUGAUGAAGUAUCCUGUUCUGUUUGCAUGUGUCCAUUCACUGAUCCAAAACAGUUACCCUGUUUGCACAGUUUCUGUCUUCACUGCCUGAACGAUAUCCAGCGAUCGAGCGGCGUACAUGGCAAAAUUACGUGCCCCGAGUGCAGGAGACAGUUUCAGAUCCCUGGAAACGGAAAUCCCAGCGAACUUCCCACCAAUUUUCGUAUCAACAGUUUGCUAGAUGUCCUGACAAUUAAAGAGUGCAGUACAGCUAACGUGAUAUGUGGAAACUGCGACAAGGGGAGCGCCCAGACCUUAUAUUGUUUCCAGUGUUGUUCUUUCUGGUGCGAGGAAUGUAUUUUAGGACAUAACAUAAUACGCACUAAUAAAGACCACAAGACGCUGGCACUGAAAGAUUUUCAAGAUCGCGACAUCGAGUGCGUCUUACAACGACCAUCAUUUUGUCAGAAGAAACACCAUGAAAAAAAAGAGCUCACAUUUUUUUGUAAGGACUGCAAAGUCGCCAUUUGCAACACUUGUGCUGUAACACUUCAUGACGGUCAUGGAAAGAUGCUCUUGCAAGAAGCUACAGAUGCGCGCAAGACGCAGAUCAACUCCGUAAUUAAAUCUUUAAAAGACAAGGCACUGGAAAAACGAAAGGAAAUCGAUGAAUUAAAGAAAAAGAGCAUGGACAUUCAAGACCAAGUAACCGAAGUCAAAAGCCACGUGCAGAGGAAUGAAGACCAAAUGAUUGCAAUCAUCGAAGGGAAGAAACAAAAUGUUUUUGCUGCAGUCGAUAACGAAGCGAAAAAAUCACUGGAAACAUUCUCACAUAAAGAAAGGGAAGUUGAAAAUCAAGUGGAAGCAAUUGAAUCAGGAAUUGAAAAAACUGAAUCGCUGUUGAAACGAAACUUCAGUACUGAAAUCCUAGGAUUCGAUAAAACAUUUCAUACAAUCCUGCAGCAACAGAGCACCGAAGAAAACCGUGACACUGAGUGUGUUUCCCGCUUUACUUUCACUAAAAGUGAAAAACUGUUUAACGUGUUAAACGAUGAAGGGAUAGGUAAUGUAACAACUUUUUUUUAGUCAACCUAAAACGGCGCAAACAUCAUGAAUUAUGGAAUAAAGGAAGAUGUAACGAAUCAGCCAUGAGAGGACACAGAAAAAAUUUGAGCCCCAAAAGGGAUUCGAACCCACGACCCUCUGUGUUCUCUUAUGGUUGAUUCUUUAAAUCUUAUGUUAUUCCCUUUAUUAUAUAAUAUGAGUAAAGUCAUGAAUGAAACGACAAGAAAGCAGUAAAGUAAUUGCUGGGAGAAAAGGGCGGGAAAAUGUUUAGUAAGCGGCUCCUGACACUGACUCAAGCACUGUGCACUCUACACACUCGAGCGAGGCUGCAGAAGUGUCUUGGUAUUGUGAAAGGAAAAAAAAAGACAAAAACGACAAAACAAAAAUGAGGGAGGGAGGAUGCGUGUAUUCGGGAGUGUUGUGUGUCUUGAUAAGGUCGUGAAAGGGUAAAAUGUGGGCUUCCCCGUGAAGAAAUGGUUCCUUCCGCCUUUUUGCAUAUGUCCAAACAGUGUGAAGCUGCGUCUAACGCGUUCUUUUUGUUUUACCCCAAUGCCACCAUCAAAUAUGAAUUCGAUCUACCUAAGCCUAGGCCAGCGGUAUCACAGAAAAGCCAGUCUUUCAUUUAGUCAAUACCAAAGUGAAUACACUUCAAGGCGGCAAAACUGUUGAAGCAUCAAAAACAUCUACUUAUAACGCAGAAAUAUGUCACAACAAAUAACUUGGUUAGGGUACAUGUGUAACUGAUAGACAUAGAAAAAAAAUUUUUAGAAACAUUGCAGUAUGAUCCUCUUUCUUCACUUUCUUGGAGCACCAAUCUUCUUUUAAUCUACUUAUCACCAGUCUGGUCUCUAUCAAAAGAUUUUCUAAUUAUUUCUAUAUAGUUUAUGAGUAUGUUGGUUAAAAGUUUUUAGAAUUGCAUAUUUCAGUUAUGGUAGAUAACUGCUGCUAAAAUACGUCAAAAAGUUCAAAGUAACCCUGUUCUGGUUGUUUAUCAAUGACGUAAUAAAGUCGGCAUUCACUGUGUCACGUGGAAAAACCGAUAUUGGUGUUUCAGAACAGUUAUUUCUCUACAGUAUUUCAAAGCUUAGGUUGUUCCCGAUCUUUUCCAUGGAUAUAAAGACUUUGCUGGACAAUCUUAAUGAUGAAGUGUCCUGCUCUGUGUGCAUGUGCCCAUUCACUGAUCCAAAGCAGCUGCCUUGUUUACACAGUUUCUGUCUUCAAUGCCUGAAUGAUAUUCAGCGAUCGAGCGGCGUCCAUGGCCAAAUUACAUGCCCCGAGUGCAGGAGACAGUUUCAAAUCCCUGGAAGUGGAACUCCCAGCGAACUUCCCACCAAUUUUCGUAUCAACAGUUUGCUAGAUGUCCUGACAAUUAAAGAGUGCAGUACAGCUAACGUGAUAUGUGGAAACUGCGACAAAAGGAGUGCCCAGACCUUAUAUUGCUUCCAGUGUUGUUCUUUCUGGUGCGAAGAAUGUAUUUUAGGACAUAACAUAAUACGCACCAAUAAAGAACACAGAACACUGGCACUGAAAGAUUUUCAAGAUCAAGACAUCGAGGCCGUCUUACAGCGACCAGCAUUUUGCCAACAGAAACUUCACGAAAAAGAAGAGCUUACGUUCUUUUGCAAGGACUGUAAAGUGGCCAUUUGCAACACUUGUGCUGUAACACUUCAUGACGGUCACGGGAAGAUGCUGUUGCAAGAAGCUAUAGAUGCACGCAAGACGCAGAUCAGCUCCGUGAUUAAAUCUUUAAAAGACAAGGCACUGGAAAAACGAAAGGAAGUGGAGCAAUUGAAGAAAAAGAGCACGGAAGUUCAAGACCAGGUUGCUGACGUGAAAAGCCAAGUACAGAGGAAUGUAGACCAAAUAACUGCAAUUAUAAGAGUAAAGAAACAGAAUCUUUUUGAUACAGUUGAUUAUCAUGCGAAAAAAUCACUCGAAUCUCUCCAACAGAAAAAAAACGAAUUGGAAAAUCAAGCGAGAAUAAUUGAAUCUGCGAUUGAAAAAACUGAAUCUUUGUUGAAACGCAGCUCCAGUACUGAAAUCCUUGGAUUCAGUGAAACAUUUGAUACGAUCCUACAAGAAGACCGCGCCAUUGAAAAUCGUAACUCAGCUGAAUCUAUCCCGGCUCGGUUUAGUUUCAAUAAAAGUGAAAAUCUAAUUGAGGUUUUGAACAGUGAAGGGAUAGGUGAUGUAAAAGUUGUUUCUAGCGAAACUAAAGCGAAACGAUCAGAGGCUGCAUGUGAACAAAGAAGUGAUGUAUUUGAUGAAAAUACGAGACCUCAAUUUCGCCGGGCCAGUCAGGGUUCUAAAAGAGCGGACUUUCGGCGUGGUAGUCAAUGUUCUGUUGACAGUCUGGUAGCACAACCCAUGUAUUUCAUAAAGCAAUCAUUUGGACAAAAGGGUAAGUCUUUUGGAAUGCUUUACAAUCCAUACGGUGUGGCGGUGAAUGGUCAUGAUGAAAUUGCUGUGACUGAAAACUCUAACCACAGGGUUUCAGUGUUUAGUAGUGACGGUACCCACUUAAGAUCGUUUGGAAAAAAAGGCAAGAGUUACGGUGAGUUCCAGUACCCUACAGGAAUCGCUUUUGAUAGUCUUGGUAACAUUGUAGUUGCAGACAAUGAGAACCACAGGGUGCAAAUCUUUGAUGGCAAUGGUAAUUUUCUG